AGCGAGCGCACCUUCGUUCAAAAACAGGCUACACAGCGUUCCCAUGACCUGUAUGGCUUGACUGACACAAUAACACGAAUAAUUCUCCUUUCGUUCUGCGCCUGCUCAGCAUUUCAGUGUGUGGGCACAUAAGCUCAGAGCGAGCGAGUAUACAGUAUACACACACACAACAGUCUGCCGGGACCGAUCGACGACUAGUGGCACUUGUUUCACACAUGUUUAUAUGGACAUUCUCGUGCGUGAAAACUAGCCCGAACUGUUCCCCCUCCCCCAUGGGCGUGGCAGCUCUCAUGGACACUCCCGCAUCACUCGCUACGCCUACGAGGACGACUUUUACGUCAGGAUGAUGGUUGACGCCUUCCCUUUGUGGGCGGAGCUACAGAAGGAGGCGGGCGUAGAGUUCUUCGUCCCCUGUGGUGUCCUGGACAUCCGGGCGGCAGGGUCUGCCAGCGAGCAAAGGGUGGUCAGUGCUCUCAGGACUCACAACAUCCCGCACGAAGUGCUGAACUCUUCAGAGCUGAAAGCAAGAUUCCCCGCCGUUACCACAACAGACGGAUAUGGCGCCGUGUGGGAUCCUAGCGGAGGACUGCUCAGAGCGGAUAAGUGUCUAGCAGCUUACCAGACUGUGUUCAAACAACUUGGUGGUGUGAUACGGGAAGCAGAGCCUGUGACCUCUCUGACCCCCGGUGACCUGGUGAGCGUUGUGACAUCACGAUCUGUGUACAGAGCGCACAAGGUCGUUAUUGCUACCGGACCUUGGACAGACCGUUUUGCCUCUGCUCUCAAUGUGAACCUGCCAUUAAGGAACACCCCGGACAAACAUCCGUUCAUAGAUCGACACCCACAAUACCCUAAUGUGGUCAUAUGCGCUGGCUUCUCAGGCCAUGGGUUCAAAUUGGCUCCAGCUGUUGGCAAAGCUGUAACUGAGCUAAUCUCAGGAAAGACGCCAUCUUACAACAUGGCUCCCUUCCGGCUGGAUCGCUUCUCUCCCAAGUCAAACCUCUGAGCUGCUUCAUCAACUGAGACUGAGGGAAGCAGAUGGUUAUACUGGGUGUGCCUAAGACUUGAAUUUAUAGAUCUAAUAGAGUCAAGACGUGGUGGAAUCAGGCUCUAGUCAAUUUUGAGGCAUUUAGAGUUUUUGGUAUUAUCUUAAAGUGUGUUCA